AUGUCUUUCAUUGAAGCCCUCAUGAAGCAGGCCGUUUAUAUGGGAAUGCCAGAUGAGUCAGUGCUGAAAAAAGAGGGGACAGUCACAGCCGCCCCGAACUUCAAUGCUGCUGGAGAUGCCGGCGUCCUGGACAAAGCCAUCAAAACAAAAGGAGUAGAUGAGAACACUAUCAUUGAAAUCUUGGUAAAAAGAAGCAAUGAGCAAAGACAGCAAAUCAAGGAAGCUUACCAGCAGGCCAGUGGGAAGACUCUAGAAUCUGCCCUAAAGAGUGCUUUAAAGGGAGACCUGGAGGAUGUUGUGCUGGCUCUGUUAAAAACACCAUCUCAAUAUGAUGCUGAGCAACUGAAAAUGGCCAUGAAGGGUCUCGGUACAGAUGAAGACACCCUCAUCGAAAUUUUAACUUCACGCACUAACAACGAGAUUUUGGACAUUAAGAAAGCCUACAAGAACGAUUACAAAAAGGAUUUAGAGGAUGAUAUCAAGUCUGAUACAAGUGGUGACUUCAGGAAGGCUCUAUUGGAACUCUGUAAGGCUGCCAGAACUGAUGGAGUAGUUGAGCAGUUGAUUGACAGUGAUGCCAGGGCCUUGUAUGAAGCUGGAGAAGGAAGAAAAGGCAAAGAUUGCUCAGCUUUUAUUGAAAUCCUUAGCACCAGAAGUGCCCCACAUCUCCGCACAGUGUUUGAGAGGUACUCAAAGUACAGCAAAGUGGACGUGGCCAAAGCUAUCGACUUGGAGAUGAAAGGAGAUAUUGAAAGUUGUCUCACAGCUGUUGUAAAGUGCGCUGGAAGUCGGCCAGCAUUCUUUGCAGAGAAGCUCUAUUUGGCUAUGGAGGGCAAAGGAACACGCAAAAAUAUCCUUACUCGCAUUAUGGUGAGUCGCUCUGAGAUUGAUAUGAAGAAGAUAAAAGAGGAAUACAAGAAGAACUAUGGCAAAACACUGUACCAAGAUAUCCUGGAUGACACAAAAGAAGAUUAUGAGAAGAUCCUUCUUGCUCUCUGUGGAGAAAACUAA